AGUAACGAGACGCGAUUGAGUGCGCUAAAUACCUCGAAAAAACGCUCGUAUUCUGUGCCAUACCGAAUACGAAAGCGUUGCGAUCUCAAUGAAAAGUGCGAAUAAGUGAAAGUGAGCAUGUCGCCCAAGUGCCCAGUGUUGCCCUUACAGGAAAUGACAUUAUCGUUAGUAGGCAGACAAUUGAUACACACAUUAUCGAAGAUAACGACGGACGAAGAUGUUGCGUUACACUUUGCGAUGGUUUCCUCUUACUACGAGACGAUGGGAGCCACUACAGAUAUAUUUCAAGAUCUUCUCAAUCUUAUACUUACUUCGGAUUACCUAGACCCGGCGGUGAGAUACUACACAAUGAAACUAUUGCUAAGAGAAAACAUCAAAAGUCUAGCAACUGGUAUGUUUCCGCUCCCUUAUUAUAAGAGAAUCCUUGAACUGAUCGUAGAACAAGGGCGUCAUCUAACGUCGCUCAAUUUGAAAGGUGUGUGGGUAAAGGAUGAAAACCUGCCUCUCAUGUACGAUAUUAUCAGAAAUCUAUCUAACCUAACAUCUCUUAAUAUACCUUAUAUAGCUAAUGAUGAAGUUUUGAAGUUCAUCGGUGAACACAAUAAAGUGCUCAAACUAUUGGACGUAUCAGGUGAAACUGAUAUCACCGAAAUUGGUAUUGAUGCUAUGCUUACUGGAAACCCACAGUUAACACAAAGUCUAACAAUUAUUAAUAUAGGAAUGUAUGGAGAAGAAAACAUUGAUCAUACUGAUGUCGCCCUUUUCAUUAGAAGACUACCAAAUUUAACUAAUUUAGGAUGUUAUUCAUAUGUUGGUAAGGCAUUAUACCAUUUAUAUAAUAAUGACUGUCCGCCUGGUUUUACAUCAAAAUUGCAAUACGUCCAUGAUAUACAAACUAAUAUGAGAACUAUGAAAGCCAUUAUGGCUCUGUGCCCUGUAAUAGAAACAAUAUACUUAGAAGAACCAGAUCAAGGCGUUCUGCCACUUCUCAAGGACACGAAAUAUAUCAACAAGAUAAAGUUAAAUAAGUUUCAAUGUCACGAAUUGCAUCAAGUUUUAGAUAAGAUUGGAUAUAAAAUUAUAACUUUGAUGUUAUCCGGUUCGAGAGGUUCUUUUAAUUUUACGAGAAUUGCCGAAACAUGUCCAAAUUUAGAGAGUAUAGAAUUCUACCAAUGUCAAACAGCGACACAUGAAGAGGAUGUACCGUUUAAUAAAUUAGAACACGUAGAAAUCAUUCAGGGGAAUCUGUCUGUAUCUUGUCUGAAGUAUAUUAUGACGGGAAGUCCAAAGCUGAAAAAAAUAAUUAUUGGAGAUGAGAUUCAACUUGAUGACAACGAUAUGGCAAGAAUGUUACGUCGGUACAAAUUUCCCAAUUUAGAAGCAGUUUGGUUUCCGAACGCGCCUCGCCUAUCGUUGGACACAGUGGAGCUGUUAAUGGAAUGUUGUCCUAAAUUAUCAAGUCUUGGACAGCUGAGUGGCUGGCGGUUUUCUCCAGAUGAGAUGAUGCUCAUGAGGGCUAUCAUUGCCAGCACAAAUACAGACCUGGUGUUGCUUCCUCUAGGAAUAUUCCAACAAGGAACAUAGCCAUAAUCACAACCCCAUAGAUAUAAGAAAACAUUUUUUUUUAUUUAUUAGCACGAGAUGCAAGUCUAGAAAUAAGGAAAUAAAUAUUUAAUUUUUUACUAUUGUUAGUAUGUAGUUGUUUUCACAUUCUAUCAAAAUUUUUUUUUUCAUAUAUUAUAAUCUGAAUCCACGCAAAGAUUAAUAAAAUUGUAGUGCAAAGCUUAACGUAACGUAUCAUAGAUUGAUAUAGCAAGAUUUGUUUAAAUUGGAGCAUUUUAACCGACUUCAAAAAGGAGGAGGUUCUAAAUUCAAUUGGUAUUUGUUUUUGUAUGUACAAUGAUUACUCUGAGAUUUAUGAUCCGAUUUACGUAAUUCUUCUUUAGUUCGAUGCGGAAUAGAUGCCAUUUGGUCUCUUAAAAAAUUUACAUAGUUUGGCCCUGUAAUUUUCAUUUUAUGAACAUGUUUGUCUACGAUGCAUGAUAUAAUUAUUUUUUGUGUUAGGCUCUUUAGGAGUUUUCAUUUCGGUUGAUUAUAUAUUAUUAUUAUUCACUGCCACAAAAAAAUUAUAGGUUUUAAGACGGUGCCAAGCCCUAAACAAAAUAAAACUUAAUAUUAUAAACAGCUUACUUACUGUAAUUAUUAAGGUUGUCUGGUUACAUGUGUCUGUCCGCUUGGGUUGUUUUGUUCUAGUCAAAGCUAUCAAUAUGUAGCACAUACAAAUAAUAGUAUUUUAUUAAUAUUAAGGGUAAAGGUUUGCAUAAGAGGUGUAUUAAAUUAAAUUUUUAGUUAUUUGAUACUUUUCAGUUUUUGAAGUCGGUUUUUUUAAACGUUUUUUUUUAUGCUUUUCCGAGUCUUUAAUUGGAACUGAAAUUCUUAAUGCCUUAUUUGGUAAUAUCGUUUCUACUAAAUCUGUCUGCUAACGUUCAAUAAACCCACUGCAUUUUUGUUAUGAAGUUAUUUUAAGUAAUUUUCUAUGUAACACAAAGCAACGUAUCGGAAGUAAAGUUGGUGACUAGACGUCAAUGUAUGAUGAUGUGAAGAUAGAUAGCAUUUUGUAGUUGUACUACUCUGUGAACCCUCUCCUCAAACUGCUGCUGUCUCGAAAAUAAAUAUGAAAUCUCU